ACCACGAAACGAAAAUAGGAGUCAAGAAAGGUGGUGGGAAAGAGGUCAGGUUCCAAUUCCACCAACAAGGAGGGCCAUAGCAAACUAGAGGUCCUUUAGUGGCAUACGACUCUCUCCUCUCGCUCACUACUACUCCACCUCCAUGGCCGUCGUCGGCGUCCUCGCUCUACAGGGAUCUUUUAACGAACAUAUCGCAGCGCUGAGAAGGCUCGGGGUCAAAGGCGUGGAGAUAAGGAAGCCCGAGCAACUAGACAGCGUAGCUUCCCUUAUCAUUCCUGGAGGAGAGAGCACCACCAUGGCUAAGCUCGCUCAGUACCACAAUCUGUUUCCUGCUCUGCGUGAGUUUGUUACAAUGGGGAAGCCUGUUUGGGGGACCUGUGCAGGGCUUAUAUUCUUGGCAAACAACGCUACCGGGCAGAAAAGAGGGGGGCAGGAACUAAUUGGGGGCCUAGAUUGUACUGUAAAUAGAAAUUUCUUUGGUAGUCAGAUUCAAAGCUUUGAGGCAGAGCUGUCGGUACCUGAACUUGCUUCUAAAGAAGGUGGUCCGGAGACAUUUCGUGGAGUAUUCAUCCGUGCUCCUGCAAUCCUUGAAGUAGGGCCGGAAGUUCAAGUGCUGGCUGAAUGUCCUGUCCCAUCAAACAAGGUGUUGGCUUCAAGAUCUGAGGUUGAAGACCAAGAGGAGAAAUUGUCUGAAAAGAAAGUGAUUGUAGCUGUAAGGCAGGGAAACUUGCUAGGGACUGCCUUCCAUCCUGAAUUGACAGCAGAUACUCGAUGGCAUAGUUACUUUUUGAGGAUGUCAAGCAGUGUCGCAGAAGUGGCCUCAAGUAGCAUUGUUGCUGUUGGGGGAGAGGAUUUAAGUUUAAGCAGGCAGCCAACCAUCGACCUUCCCAUAUUUCAAUAGUUUCAGGCAGAAACUAAUAAUUAUCUCUACCUUAUGUUUUUUUCCCUUAGUUUGCUUUUGAUGAUAUAUAUAUAUAUAUAUAAUAUAUAAUAUAUUAUAUAUUAUAUAUAUAUAUAUGGUCAUUCACAUUGAGCAAGUAUUUUUUAUGGUUGGUUUAGCUCUAUAGUAGAUAGACAAUUUGUUCUCCCCCAUAUGGGUGUAUUUAAUAUUUGACAUCACUUGCAUAUGGGGAACCUUUAAAUUUUUGUCCAAGUAAUUGUAUUUCUGUCAUUGGAUCUUCAAUGGUAAAAAGUGACUGGGGAUUUGCCUUCAAGUUAGGUCUCCAGCAUGUUCUGCAAA